GACUUCAAAUAUGCGAUACGCGAUGGCAAGGACAUGAUACUUAAAUAAACUCAAGACGAGAUCUAGGGCGAGAUCUGAUACAUAACUCAUAAACAAGGUAGAUCAUUGAGAAUGUACGGAGAUCUAGGGAAUAAAUUGGUUCAGCAUGCCAAAAGAACUCAAAAACUCGAACACCUUCCUCCAUACCAGACUGAGAUGGUUCGCGCAGUGACUAGAGAGGUUAGAGACUUAGACAAAGACGCUUCGAAUAUUUUACAAUCCAUCGGUGGCUCAUUUGAUCCAUCUGCCGACCCCGCGACAGCAUGCACUCUCCUCGUUGACCACUUGUGUAUGCGGAGGAACAAACGAUGUCUCCUCGCAUAUCACCGUACCCGAACCGACAAGCUUGAAGAGAUGGUAUGGAAUGGUAGCGAUGUUUUGGAUCUCGCUGCACAGCAACACCGCAUUACAAAUGAGGGACAGGGCGGAGGGACAGAUUUAGGAAAUGGUGAGGGGAAUAGCAGUAGUCUCAGCCCGGAAGAGGAAGAAUACGUCAGGCAAUAUAGCGAUUUACUCGCUGCUUUCAAAGGACAUUGGACCGAUAUUGAUCUGACUGGUAGUCUUGAACCUCCCAGAGAUUUGUUCAUUGAUGUUCGGGUCCUCAAAGAUGCCGGAGAAAUCCAGACAGAAUAUGGCACCAUCAAUCUUACCAAAAACUCGCAAUUUUAUGUUCGCCAAGGGGACGUUGAACGCUUGAUCGCACAAGGAUACCUUCAAAAACUCAGCUAAUUACGAGCUCCAACCACAACCACAAUUGUGGACUUAAUCAUAACGGCGAAGUUGAUAGAAACUCGUCAAAUUGAUGGAGGAGAGGAUUCCAUGAGACAUCCACGGACGGUGAACGGAGUCAUUGUCAAUUAAAGACAUAAGGUCCAGAAGUACAUACUCUCCACACAGGAACGACGCGGCUUUGUGUUCUGCCACGAAACCCAGUCCACGGAGCGAGACCCGGUGCAGCCGGUACCGGAAAGACGUGGAUUGGUGGGGGCCCCUAUUCUCAUUCGGACCUAAAACGGUGAUGGUCGUAAGAAAAGACGGCGAGGACUGCACAAUUGGAUCGAAACCAUGUUGUUAUUUCUAUUACUAUAUAAAUACCACGCGGGGAAUCGAUGUAUCAUUGUAUAGGAUCAGGUGAGAUACAAAACACAAACUUUUGGUAACCAAGCUUUUCGCGGGGUAAAUUGAAUGGAAGCGCUUUUUGAAGGUACCAGUCUUGCAGGAGAUAUUCGUAUUGAAUGAUUGUAUUCAUGACGGGAUGAUGCAUACCUCGAGUUGAAUUGGAAGGAUUCCAUUGGUGUUGAUGAAAAUUUUCAAUGGCAUGGUGGCUUUUGAGGGGAAGAUUUUUCAUGGGGUCGGUCGUACAAUGAUAUGAUUUACUAUUUGCUGCAGUCACACUGUCGAUUGAUUAACCGGCAUGCGUCGGUUGACAGGUUGACAGUCGUCUCCAGGUUAUGAUUUUAUAUCUUGGCUUUCCUACUCGGACCUAGAGAUGGUUUGGUAUUCAAGUGCUGAUUUUAUUGGGGAUUUUAUACUGGGGAUUUCAUAUUGGGGGUCUUGUACUGGGGAUCUUAUACUGGAGACUCUACUGCUUUUAGAUGUCGUAUAGUGAUAAUAAGAUUAGUAGAUGCUUACUCAGGAGUGAGGAGACGUAUAUGGUGGAUGGGGGUGUUUAGAAUGGAGCCUUCUGUGACUUGAAUUGAUUAAUGAUGGAUGUGUCGGUUCGUGGUGGGGUGGAAUGUAUGGAGUAUCGACCUACGAUGUGGAUGUGCGAGUAGUGAAUGGAUGGAUGGCUGGAUGGGAUGUUUAUUAAUCUGUACUGCGUCGUUUCCGAUAUCCAGCACCCUUCUCACGCGCAUAUGUGGAGACAGGAAUACACUGACGGUAGUGAAAUUGCAAUUGAAAGCGAAUCGAGAACAGAAGAGAGAAGUGUGGGAGGAGGGUGCACACCUUGGCUGUGGAUCUGUGGCGCAAAUCAAGCCGUUUUCGUAGCA